UGGUCAAUUGUUCUGAUCCUGGAAUUCCUGCAAAUUCUAUAAGAGAAAGUAAAAUUGAACAUGGAAAUUUCACGUAUGGCACAGUGGUAUUUUAUGACUGCAAUCCUGGAUAUUUUUUAUUUGGCUCUUCAGUUUUAAUUUGUCAACCAAAUGGACACUGGGACAAACCUCUGCCUGAGUGCAUUAUGAUUGACUGUGGCCAUCCUGGCGUUCCUCCUAACGCGGUCCUGUCUGGAGAUAAAUACACGUUUGGGUCUACUGUUCAUUAUACCUGCACAGGUAGACGAUCGCUGUUAGGGCAGUCAUCUCGUACAUGUCAGUUAAAUGGACACUGGAGUGGAUCUCUUCCUCAUUGCUCAGGUGAUACAGCUGGUUCUUGCGGUGAUCCAGGUAUCCCAGGUCAUGGGUCUAGAGAAGAAAACAAUUUUAAAAUUAAAAGCACAGUACAUUUCAGCUGUGAUACUGGAUAUAUCCUCCAUGGCUCAGAAGAAAGGACAUGUCUAGCAAAUGGAAGUUGGACGGGAAGACAACCAGAGUGCAAAGCUGUGCAGUGUGGUAAUCCAGGAACAACUGCUAAUGGAAAAGUAUUUCGUAUUGAUGGAACUACAUUCUCUAAUUCAGUAAUUUAUUCAUGCAUGGAAGGAUACAUACUCUCCGGAUCAUCUGUAAGACAAUGCACUGCCAAUGGAACAUGGUCUGGAUCCUUGCCAAACUGCACAAUUAUCAGUUGUGGAGAUCCAGGAGUCCCAGCCAAUGGCAUGAGAUAUGGCGAUGAUUAUGUUGUCGGACAAAAUGUUACUUAUAUGUGCCAACCUGGUUAUACAAUGGAAUCAAACAGCUCCUUAAUUCGCACUUGUACUAGCAAUGGCACGUGGAGUGGAGUAAUCCCAACAUGCAAAGCUGUCACCUGCCCAACUCCUCCACAGAUCUCUAAUGGAAGGUUGGAAGGAACAAACUUGGACUGGGGAUUUAGCAUUAGUUAUGUGUGCUCUCCAGGAUAUGAACUCUCUUUUCCUGCUGUUUUGACCUGUGUUGGGAAUGGAACAUGGAGUGGUGAAGUACCUCAGUGCUUGCCAAAGUUUUGUGGUGACCCUGGAGUACCUGCUCAAGGGAAAAGAGAAGGCAAAAGCUUCAUCUAUCAGUCAGAAGUCUCUUUCAGCUGCAGUCCUCCUUUUAUUUUGGUUGGCUCCAAUACCAGGAUUUGCCAAGCAGAUGGCACGUGGAGUGGAUCUUCUCCUCGAUGUAUAGAACCUACUCGCACAGCAUGUGAAAAUCCAGGAGUCCCAAGGCAUGGGUCACAAAACAACACAUUUGGCUAUCAGGUGGGAAAUAUUGUUCAAUUUCAGUGUAAAAAAGGACACCUUCUCCACGGCUCAACAACACGAACUUGCCUUCCUGAUCUUACAUGGAGUGGAAUCCAGCCAGAAUGUAUACCUCACAGCUGUAAACAACCAGAAACACCAACUCAUGCUAAUGUUGCAGGAAUGGAUCUUCCCUCACUUGGUUAUACAUUGAUUUACACUUGUCAGACAGGCUUCUUCUUGGCAGGAGGAUCAGAGCAUAGAGCCUGUAGGUCUGAUGGCACAUGGACUGGGAAAGUUCCAGUUUGUGAAGCUGGUUCCAAAAUAUUAGUGAAGGAUCCCAGACCAGCCUUGGGAACACCAAGUCCCAAACUAAGUGGUCUUAACAUGUCUGAAGGUUCAAAUUCUUCUAAUCAACCACAUGGUACAAAUAGUAGUUCAGUGGCCAUUGCUAUCCUUGUGCCUUUCUUUGCCCUUAUAUUUGCUGGUUUUGGCUUUUAUCUUUACAAACAAAGGACUGCACCUAAAACACAGUACACUGGAUGCUCUGUACAUGAAAAUAAUAAUGGACAAGCUGCUUUUGAAAACCCCAUGUAUGACACAAAUGCAAAGUCUGUGGAAGGGAAAGCAGUACGAUUUGACCCCAAUUUGAACACCGUCUGCACAAUG